CGUUCUGCUAUUUUAUUUUGGCACUCAAUCAUUCAUUCCCUUCUCUUUUUCUUCUUUCUUUUCAUCACCCCCAAACGAAACCCUUGUUCGAUUACCGGCGAACAAAGACGGUGACAGAACCCUUCUUCCAUCCCCAAAACGUGACAUCCGAUGACGACCGCCGCACGACCCACAUGGGCUCCUGCUAAAGGUGGCAACGAACAAGGUGGCACUCGAAUUUUCGGUCCCUCCCAAAAGUACUCUUCUAGGGACAUCGCAUCGCACACCAAUCUCAAGCCCAGGAAGGAAGGACAGGACACACAAGAUGAAUUAAAGAGAAGGAACCUCCGCGAUGAACUGGAAGAUCGUGAACGAAGGCAUUUCUCAUCAAAAAAUAAAUCUUAUGAUGACAGGGAUCAUGGAAAGGGUAGCCAUCUGUUUUUGGAAGGAUCGAAGAGGGAUAUUGAAGAUCACAUUGUUGCACGAAGUGUUGAUGCGGAUGAUUCUGAUGUCGAAGUCAAAAGUGAUGAUGAGAGUGAUGAUGAUGAUGACGACGACGACGAGGAUGACACUGAAGCAUUGCUGGCUGAGCUUGAACAAAUAAAGAAGGAAAGAGCAGAGGAAAAGCUACGCAAGGAACGGCAACAACAAGAGGAAGAACUAAAAGUAAAGGAGGCAGAGCUUCUGCGAGGAAACCCUUUGCUAAAUAAUCCAACAUCUUUCAAUGUGAAAAGAAGGUGGGAUGAUGAUGUGGUGUUUAAGAACCAAGCCCGUGGUGAGACUAAAACAGCUAAGCGAUUCAUCAAUGACACCAUCAGGAAUGAUUUUCACAGGAAAUUCCUGCAAAAAUACAUGAAGUGAAAGUCCAUAUGUCAGAAAUCCGAGUUGUUUAGACUUUUGGACUCAACAGAACUUGUUGAUUUGCAGUUUGUAUCUAAAUGUAUGAUUCAAUGUUGAUGGAUACACUAUGUCGUAACUUCGUGUAUGCAUGUUAAUGCCAACUGGGUUAAAGAUUCAGACCAUAAAAUAUAACAUUUAAUGAGGUUGUCUCUCUCUCACCCUAUACAAUUAUAUCAUUAUAUUCACUUGUGGAUCAAUCACCUAAUUGGCCUGGUGUGUAUCUAAAUUAUCUAUCAUCGACAUUGCAAGGAAA